CACACGACCUCUAGCAGGUGAUUAUCAAAGCAGUGAUGGCGGAGAAAGAAGCAGCAGUACCCGCUAAACCUGCACUAACGGCGGGAGAGAAACAGCUGCUCCGCCGCCAGAAGGAGCUCGACAACUGGAAGAAAAACGCUUCGCGGCUCCGGAGGCGGAACCUGCUGACCGGCCUGGCUAUCGGAGCGUUUGUGGUCGGCAUGUUUAGCUACACCAUCCUGUCUGUGAAACAGGAGAGGAUCAUGGAGGAGCUGGAUGAUGAAGCCAAGAUCCACAUCAUCAGAGGGCCACGGACUGGUGCCAACUCAUGACGACACUGACAUGAACUGUGCUGGAGCUUCUGUUCCAGGCCCCUGGCCUUAUGUGUGGCAUCCAUAGACUGUUUGGUGACAUCACCCUGGUGUUUGAUGAGUCAUGUCUGCUGAGCUUCUCCUACCAAUCAGACACUUAAACCUCAUUACCACUGCAUGAUGCGACACGGCUCGACUCGACUUGAUUGAAACCAGGUUUUUUUUGUUUUCCAUGUGUAAAGGUUGUGGAUAUUACCUUGGCCGAUACUAGAAGGUGGACACCACAGCAGACCACUGACUGAUCGGAGAAUUGUCACCAAGCUGAGCCAUGCCGUGGAAUUGAGGCAUCACAUACCACCUGCCACUUUAUAUAAGGAUAGUACAAAUGUUUCCAUUAACUCUAUUCUCUUUGAAAAUACAUUAAAUAUAUGAAUAAAAUCUAUUGGUGAAAUUGUU